AUGGCAACCUGUCAAGUGCUUGUCCAACUUGUGGGUAAAUCAAACAUGCUAUGGCCGGACGGUCUAGGUCAACGUGGUACAAAAAUUUACAAUGAAAAAACAAUCCUGGACCAAAACCUAAUUUUGACAAUGAAGGAAAACCAAAUCUUGCCUGCCGGUUUAAAUCGUUGGCCGUUUGAAUUCUUAAUUCCUAAUAAGUUGGUGGAAACCAUUGAAGAUGAAAUGGCCCAAGUCUAUUAUUAUAUUGCUGCUACCGUACAACGUCCCGGUAUUAGUACUCCUAAUUUAAGAUCGAGACGAAAUAUCCUGUUGUUGCGCACUUUAGCUCCUUCUGAUGCUUCAUUGGCUUCUUAUGCAUUACCUACCACCUCUAUCUUGGCUGAAAGAAAAACAGACGCUUGUGAUGCAACCAUUCAUAUUGAAAAGUCUAUCGUUUCCUCUGGCACUCAAUUUCCUAUUUCCAUUAAUUUAUCAACUCAGUUAAAGAAUGUUCAAUUAGAAUCCAUCAACAUUGUGCUUACUGAAAAAAGAUUAUAUUAUGUACCCGAAUACAACGCACGGAGAGUUGAAUUAUACGAUUAUAAGUUACAACUUAGUUCCAUCAUUGACGUAGCUGAUUCGGAACACAUGAAGGAAGCCAUGAUUCCUACGUCAGAUAUACCAGCACAUCAAUUACGUAGAGCAAUCACCGCAAAAAAUGCAGCUGUUCCACUCGGUGUCACACCCUUUCAAUACAGAUUCAUCUUUACGUUGCCAAAUUGUUUGUCGCUCAACCAUACAACCUACUUUAAAGAAAUGAGUUUCUCUCACAAUUUGAAAAUCGAUAUUGAACUUAGCACGAUCGAGAGGACGAAUAUUCACUUGGAAACACCAAUCACAAUUCUAGAUUGUCGCCUAAAGGAAGACUAUACGACAUUGCCCACGUAUCAAGAAUCCAUGUCAGAUACAACAGUAGAUGAUCAUGAUACCGAUGAGUUGUCAAAGAAGAGAACCGGAUUCUUCAUCUGUCCCUGUUAUGUAGAUUAUAAGAAGAAGAGCUCCAAGUAUAUCGGCAAAGAUAGAAUGAUGAUGCGACAAAACAGUGCAGAAUCAUCACACUCGAGUGAAAGUUCGGACUCUACUUUAUUACCCCCUCCUCCACCUUACGCUUUUAAAUCAUAA